UGGGCCGGAUGUUGACGGCGCUGCUGAGCCAGCUGGAGCAGAAAAACAAAAACAACGGGGAGAAGUCGGGGAAGUUAGCGCUGUUAUCCCGACAAAAACGGCCUUAAAACCGCUCAGCACUGACCACAAGGACUAGACAUACAGACACAUAACGCCUGCUACUUUAACGAGACCGAAGGCCGGACCGUGUGGACUGCUGAGUGCGCCAUGGGCCGAAUCUUUCUGGACCACAUUGGGGGCACACGGCUUUUCUCCUGUGCCAACUGCGACACCAUCCUGACCAACCGCUCCGAGCUGAUCUCCACUCGUUUCACCGGAGCCACAGGCAGAGCCUUCCUGUUCAACAAGGUGGUGAACCUGCAGUACAGCGAGGUGCAGGAUCGCGUGAUGUUGACGGGCAGGCACAUGGUGCGCGACGUCAGCUGUAAGAACUGCAACAGUAAGUUGGGCUGGAUCUAUGAGUUCGCCACGGAGGACAGUCAGCGCUACAAAGAGGGCCGCGUCAUCCUGGAGAGGGCGCUGGUGAGAGAGAGCGAGGGUUUUGAGGAGCACAUCCCCUCGGAUGCGUCUUGAAAGCAGGCGUUCGCGUUUCUCUCGGUGAAUCUUUCUCACUACCUGCUCCUCUUUGCUAUGGUGUACCAAGGCUUUGUGGUGAUGUUUCAUAUCUACUCCAAGGUAACCUUCAGUAUGUGUAUGCUGGCUGCAUCUUUGCCCAUCGGUACCUUUUACUCCUACAACAUCAGAGCUAUGAGUAUGAGAUAUGCGCACAGUCACAGAACAAAACUAGCACCCACAAUCUGCACUGGCUGCUGUAACACCAAGGCUUUUUGAUAUUGUAGUGGUCCAAUGCUGUACUGCACGUGUUCCACAGCUUCAGAGUACACGUACAGCACCUUUCAGAUCCUCAUUGUUUUCAGUAGAGUUUACAGUGUUGGUUGUUACAUCACUGGGUUGAUUGUUCUACAGUGGGACUCAUUUAAUUGUGGUCGGGCAGCUCAUGGUUGUACUGGGAAUGUUCACGAAUGUUCUCCUGAUGGCCAAAAGUGAAUGUAAUCUCAUUGGUCAAUCACAGUAAGUACCCCAGCCCAGCAGUAAAACGAAAUAUCUAGGGUUGGUUUCCUGGACAGGGAUUAAGCCUAGUUCUGUUUGUACUGGUUUUUUUCUUUCUUUCUUUAAAUGGAGAAUCUCCAUUCAAAAUGCUGUGAACUCUCUUGGCUUGGCUUAAUCCCUGUCCAGGUAACCAACACUGGAAUCCUAAAGGAGGGGUGAUUUAGCCUCCAGACUCGGUUCGGUUUCCCAGCUAUUUACUAAACACUAAUGCUGUUUUCACUGUAUAUGACGUGUAGUAUAGGGAUGCCCCAGAUUCUGCUUCUGAUUUCUAUACAACCAGAUCAGCCCAGACUCACACUGCUUGAGCUAAGUGAACUCAUAAGACACACUAGCACAUUUCUGGCAUGUGGUAAGAGCCCAAGUACCGAUAUAACUAACAUUAUUUGCUGUAAAAUGGGCAGAACUGGUCUAACAAAUUUGUAAAUGAAAAAUGAGUUGCCUGUUUAAAUAACAUGAAUCAAAUAAGGUGCAACAUCAAAAGAAGGAGGCGACUGGACAUUUAGCACAAUGAGUCAUGUAUAAUUAUGCUACAGCGGUUUGAUAUCUAAUGAAGAUUAGCAGCAGCAUUCAGACACAGCACAAGUGCUCUUACCUGCUUCACAUUAUUUACAGUACUGUGCGAAAGUUUUAGACAUCUAAUCAAAUGUUUAAACACUUUCCCUCAGCAGUGAGUUUAUCACAGUAUACAUUAGAAUAAAGUCGUAUUCAUAAUUCAAAUAAACAUGA